UACCGGCGCGCCGCGGCGCGCGUGGAGCGGCAGACGGCGGGCGUGCGGCGGCGCCUGGCGAGCCUCGCCUACCACGCCUGCGUGCGCCGGAGCGAGGCCGACAUAAGGGACUUCUUCCUUAUGGCCAUGAGAAGGUGUCUGCUCGCCUACAUUCUGGAGGACCCGGAGGAGACGCGGCGCCUGCGCAUCGCGUUCCUGCCGCCGCUGUGGCCGGCGCUGUGCGUGCGCGCGCCCGUGCCGUGGCACGCCGCCGCCGUGCGCGCGCGCCACGCGCUCGCCUACCGCCACUACCAGGGCAACCCCAUCCUGCUGGAGCUGCGGCGACUGUGGCAGGAGAGAUACCAAAACAUGUACAUCUGCGACAUGAACAAGAUGCAGGAAGCCGAGCCCUUCCCGCACUACCCGAGCGACUUCACCGAGCGGCUCGGCGAGCUGUGCGCGGCGACGCGCGCCGAGCUGCUCGACAACUGGCUCGUGGACGCGGCCGACACCAUGGUCAAGAUGAGGAAACACUGGGCCUGCUACGUCGCCAGGAAAAAAAAAGAGUCCACCUUUCAGGUUGAGAAAUUUUUUAGCUGCGUGCACGCGCUCAUGUCGCGCCAGCUGCGCGACCUGGUCGAGAGGAGCGUACGUCACUUUGCGGAGUACUUCUCCUACUAUUCGGAAGGUAACGACUUCGGCGAGGAGUACAGAGACUACCUGUUCAUCAAGCGGCCGCUGCUGCGCAUCAAGGUGGUGGGGCAGCGCGGCUCCACCGGCCUCAGCUUCGAGCCGGCGCUGGACAGCAUGCGCGUGCUGAUCGUCAAGUGGCUGCACACCAUCAUCGGCGUCAACCAGCACUUGCCCAGCGUCGACGCCAUCAUGUAUCCAGGUGUGCAGCGCCCUAAGCCGUACUUGUCGGCGGUGUUCCCGGACGAGCAGGACAUGGUGGGCGUCGUCGAGCGCUGCGUCGAGCACUUCCGCGCCAACCGGCCCGGCCCCGCCAGCUUCCUCGCCGUGUACCGCCCCUACCACUACGUGCUGGACGGCGGCGCGCACCGCGACCUGCUCGCCUUCUUCGCUUCCGAACCUCCACCGUACUUAAAGGACUUCUCGGCUCGCAUCCGCGCGUACAUGGAGCUGCGCGACGAGAUCGCGUUCCUGCGGCGCGACAUUCCGCUCAACAUGCUGAUGCUGGACUGCGCGCCGCUCAACGACGUGCUGUGGGGCGAGGUGGACGCGCUGCGGCUGCACAUCGUGGACCACUUCGUCGCCGUCAACAGGAAGUGGAACAGAGCGAUCUGUGACGUGUACGAGGAGAUGGCGGCGCGCACGUCGGAGAGCCCCGAAUCCACGGCGCAGCUGGUGGAGCUGCUGGGCUACAUCCAGGACUGCCGCGACUGCGCCAUGUUCGACUUGCGCGAGAAGGCGCGCACCGCGGCCGAGCACGUGCUCUUCCUAAUGGAGCACGCGCACCUCUCCUUCGAAGACGUCAACUUGAACACGCGCGUGUUCCUCUGGCCGCUCGACAUGGAGGAGACAAUAGACCUCACGAUCAAAACUCUCAACACCAAGAAGUCGAUGGCGGAAGACAAGCUGAAAAGCAGAAAGGCCAUCUACGAGGAGAAGCUGAAGAAGCACGAGAAGGAGUUGGAGCAGUUCCGGCGCUUCGACCCGCCGCUGCUGAACCUGGACCUGCUUCGGGAGGUCGUCGCCAAAGUUGACGAAAUCUUUCAUAAUUUGACGGACGACAAGCGCGAAGCCGACGAGAUCAACAACGAAGAGCAGCUACUGGAGCAGGAGGUGUCGCUGUACUUCGGCAUGAGCGCCAUGCUGGCCAGCGUCGAGCCCUUCCACAAGCUGUGGCACACCGCCUUCCAGUUCUACGACGGCUACGAGAGAUGGUACCACGGGCCGUUCCUGGGGCUGGAGGCGGAGCAGAUCGCCGAGGACGUGGAGGCGUGGUGGAAGCUGCUGUACAAGCUGGGCAAGCAGCUGCUGGAGUACCCCGGCGCCAAGCGCAUCGCGGACAUGGUGCGCAACAAGCUGGAGAAGUUCAAGCUGCUGCUGCCCGUGCUCACCGCCAUCUGCAACAAGGGCAUGCGCGACCGCCACUGGGCCAAGAUCAGCGAGCUGGUGGGCGCGGAGGUGGUGCACGGGCCGGAGUCCACGCUGGCCGACAUGGUGGAGCAGGGCGUGCACGUGUUCGCGGCGCAGCUGGAGGAGAUCGAGCAGUACGCGUCCAAGGAGUACGCGCUCGAGAAGGCGCUCAACAAGAUGAAGGAGGAAUGGAUCGGGGUCAAGUUCGAGGUCGUGCCCUACAGGGACACCGGCGUGGGCAUCCUGGCGGGGCUGGACGACAUCCAGCAGCAGCUGGACGACCACAUCCUCAAGGCGCAGACGAUGCGCGGCUCGCCCUACGUCAAGGCGUUCGAGGACGACAUGGUCGCCUGGGAGGAGAAGCUCAUCAGCAUGCAGGACAUCCUCGACCAGUGGCUGCAGUGCCAAGCCACGUGGAUGUACCUGGAGCCGAUCUUCUCUUCGGAGGACAUCAUGCGGCAGAUGCCCACCGAGGCGCGCAGCUUCCGCGACGUGGACAAGGAGUGGCGCGCCGUCAUGCUCGCCACGCACAAGCAGCCCCUGGUGCUGCUGGCCACCGACUUCCCCGGGUUGCUGAAGAAGUUGCGAUUCAAUAACGCGUUAUUGGAUGAUAUUCAACGAGGCUUAAACGAUUAUUUGGAGAAGAAGAGGCUAUUCUUCCCCAGAUUCUUUUUCCUAUCAAACGACGAAUUGCUGGAGAUUUUAUCGGAGACAAAAGACCCGAUGCGUGUGCAACCUCACCUCAAGAAGUGCUUCGAGGGAAUCUACACGCUGGAGUUCAACGCGGCCAAGGAGAUCGUCGGCAUGGCCUCGGCGGAAGGGGAGGUGGUGGCGCUGUCCUCGUCCAUACAGCCCGCCGACGCCAAGGGCAUGGUGGAGCGUUGGCUGCAGCAGCUGGAGCAGCAGAUGGUGACCAGCUUGCGCGACGUGGCGUCCGAGUCCAUCAACGCGUACGCGGUGAGCGCGCGCGAGGAGUGGGUGCUGAGCUGGCCGGGCCAGAUCGUGCAGGCCGGCUCCUGCGUGCAGUACACCACGGAGGCACUAGAAGCGAUCCAGAACAGGAGUCUUCCGGAGCUGAUCGCGAAGAGUACGCGUCAGAUCAACGGCUUGGUGUACCUGGUGCAAGGAGAGCUGGAGCCCGGCAACCGCAUCACGGUGGAAGCGCUCAUUGUCAUCGACGUGCACGGCCGCUCGAUCCUGGAAGAAAUGGAGAAUAAGAAAGUCCACGAGAUCUCAGAUUUCAACUGGAUAUCGCAGCUGCGCUACUACUGGCGCGGCGACCGCAUCGUGUGCUCCAUGAUCAGCACGGACGUGGACUACGGCUUCGAGUACCUCGGCAACACGGGCCGCCUGGUCGCCACGCCGCUCACCGACAGAUGUUACAGGACAUUAAUGAGUGCGCUGAAGCUGAACCUGGGCGGCGCGCCCGAGGGCCCGGCCGGCACGGGCAAGACGGAGACCACGAAGGACCUGGCCAAGGCCGUCGCCAAGAAGUGCGUCGUCUUCAACUGUUCCGACGGCCUGGACUACAAGGCGCUCGGAAAGUUCUUCAAGGGGCUGGCGCAGUCGGGCGCGUGGGCGUGCUUCGACGAGUUCAACCGCAUCGAGCUGGAGGUGCUGUCGGUGGUGGCGCAGCAGAUCCUGUCCAUCCAGCUCGCCAUCCUGCGCCAGGAGAAGCGCUUCGUCUUCGAGGGCACGGAGAUCAGCCUCAACCCCACCUGCUCCGUCUUCAUCACUAUGAACCCUGGCUACGCGGGGCGCACGGAGCUGCCGGACAACCUGAAGGUGCUGUUCCGCACCGUGGCCAUGAUGGUGCCGGACUACGCCAUGAUCGGCGAGAUCACGCUCUACUCCAACGGCUUCGUCACCGCGGGCCCACUGGCCCGCAAAAUAGUGCAAGCCUACAAGCUGUGCUCGGAGCAGCUGUCGUCGCAGAACCACUACGACUACGGCAUGCGCGCCGUCAAGUCCGUGCUGCUGGCGGCGGGCGCGCUCAAGAAGAGCUACCCCGAGCGCGACGAGGCGCAGCUCGUGCUGCGCGCCAUCAUCGACGUCAACAUGCCCAAGUUCCUGUCGCAGGACGUGCCGCUGUUCACGGGGAUCUACUCGGACCUGUUCCCCGGCGUGCAGGUGCCGCAGCCCGACCGCGCCGAGCUGCUGCAGUGCGUCCAAAAGGAGCUGGAGAAGCGCAACCUGCAGAACACCGACUGGUACCUCGAGAAGAUCAUUCAGAUAUACGAAAUGAUGCUCGUCCGACACGGGUUCAUGAUCGUGGGCCCGCCCAUGGGCGGCAAGACGCAGGCCUACCAGAGCCUGGCGGACGCGCUGCGCGCGCUGCAGCUGCUGAGGCCGCCGCCGCGCCACAAGGAGUUCGGCGCCGUCUACCGCAUCCUCAACCCCAAGGCCAUCACCAUGGGGCAGCUGUACGGAUGCUUCGAUCCCGCGUCGCAUGAAUGGUCGGACGGAGUACUGGCCGUGGCGUUCCGCGAGUACGCGACGGCGGCGACGCGCGACCGCAAGUGGAUCGUGUUCGACGGGCCCGUGGACGCCGUGUGGAUCGAGAACAUGAACACCGUGCUGGACGACAACAAGAAGCUGUGCCUCAUGAGCGGCGAGAUCAUACAGAUGACGAACAAAAUGAACCUUAUCUUCGAGCCGGCCGAUCUAGAAUUCGCUUCCCCGGCGACCGUGUCGCGCUGCGGCAUGAUCUACAUGGAGCCGGAGCAAUUAGGUUGGCGCGCCUUCCUGGCGUCGUACAACACUCAGCUCAGCAAGAAGCUGAUCCCCGAGCAGUUCGAGCUGGUGCAGGAGCUGCUGGGCUGGCUCGCGGCGCCCAUCUUCGAGCACCUGGGCAAGUGUCGCCACUUCGUGCGCGUCGGGGAGAUACAUCAGUUUCAUUCGUUCACGCGUCUGUUCACGUGCCUGCUGGAGGGGGAGGCGCAGGUCAGCACGCUGUGGCUGCAGUGCACGUUUGUGUUCGCGCUGCUUUGGGGCCUGUGCGCCACCAUUGACGGUGACAGUCGCAAAGGCUUCGACACGUUCUACCGCAAACUUCUCGACGGAAGCAACGCCAACCAUCCCAAGCCCAAGUCGUUCAAACUGACCAAGAACCAACUGUUCCCAGACAAGGACACCGUGUUCGACUACGUGUACGACAAGAGGAAUAACGGCUCGUGGAUAGCUUGGGUCGAGUUGGAGAAGGAAGUUCCUUUGCCUUCUAAUGCUAAGGUAAACGAGUUAAUCAUCCUGACAAACGAGAACGCGUGCCUGCGCUACUUCGUCAGCAAGAUGGUGAAGUCCAAGAUCCCCAUUCUGCUGGUGGGCCCCACGGGCACGGGCAAGUCGUCGCUCGUGCUCGACUUCCUGCUCUCCCUGCCCAAGGAGAAGUACAUCACUAACACCAUCAAUUUUUCCGCCAGGACUACUGCGAACCAGACGCAAGACAUAAUCAUGUCAAAAGUCGAUAGGAGGAGGAAAGGAGUAUUCGGACCUUCGAUGGGGAAAAAAUGCGUCCUGUUCGUGGACGACCUGAGCAUGCCGCAGAAGGAGCAGUGGGGCGCGCAGCCGCCGCUGGAGCUGCUGCGGCAGUGGCUCGACCACGGCCACUGGUACGACCUCAGGGAGAUGGUGCGCCAGGAAGUCGUCGACGUGCUAUUGGUGUCGGCGAUGCUGCCGCCGGGCGGCGGCUCCAACGUGAUCUCGUCGCGGCUGACGCGCCACACGCUGCUCGUCACGCUGGACUCCUUCGAGGACAACACGCUCAACAAGAUCUUCGUCAGCAUCAUGGACUGGCACUUCGCUAAGGGCUUCGCGGACACGCUCGCCAGACAGAGCAAGGCGGUGGUGGCGGCCACGAUGGAGGUGUACAAGGCGGUGACGCUGCAGUUCCUGCCCACGCCCAGCAAGUGCCACUACCUGUUCAACCUGCGCGACUUCGCGCGCGUCGUGCGCGGCGUGCUGCUGGUGCCCGCCUCGCACAUGAAGGAGCUCAGCAAGCUGGUGCUGCUGUGGAUCCACGAGACCUACCGCGUCUUCUACGACCGGCUCGUCGACGACGCCGACCGGUUGAAGCUGUUCGACGUGAUCAACAAGGCGGUGUACGCCAACUACCGCGUGCACAUGGACCAGGUGCUGACGGAGCUGGGCUACGUGCCGGAGGGAGAGAAGCUCGCCAGCCGCCACGCCGCCAACAUCUUCUUCGGCAACUACAUGGAGCCGGAUGCCGACCCCAAGAUUUACGAUCAGGUGCUGGAUCUCGACGACAUGGCGGUGAAGAUGGAGUACUACCUGGAGGAGUACAACGUGGUGUCCUCGUCGCCCAUGGCGCUCGUCAUGUUCCGCUACGCCCUCGACCACAUCUCUCGCUGCACCCGUGUUCUGCUACAAGAUAACGGUAACCUAUUACUGGUCGGCGUCGGCGGCAGCGGGCGGAGCAGCGCAGUCAGGCUCGCUGCCAGCAUCCUGGAGAUGAAUGUUGUACAGAUCGAGAUAUCCCGCGUGUACGGCCAGAACGAGUGGCGCGACGACAUCAGGAAGUUGCUGAUGAAAGCUGGCAUCAUCGGGAAACCAUUGGUCUUCCUUUUCGCUGACAAUCAGAUCAUGUACGAGGGCAUGGUGGAAGAUAUCAACAUGUUGCUGAACACGGGCGACAUUCCCAAUCUGUACGGAAUGGACGAGAAGGUGGAGAUCCUCGACAAGAUGCAAGCUGCCGUCAGGGAGGCUGGCAGGAAGAUGGAGACGACGCCGUUGGCGAUGUUCGGGUUCUACGUGGAGCGCGUGAAGGCGAACCUGCGCAUCGUGCUGGCCAUGUCGCCCAUCGGAGACUCGUUCCGCAACCGCCUGCGCAUGUUCCCCUCGCUCAUCAACUGCUGCACCAUCGACUGGUUCACCGCGUGGCCGCCGGAGGCGCUGGAGCGCGUCGCGUCCAUGUUCAUCGCCAGGAUGCCGAGCGUGGACGCGGAGCUGCGCGACUGCUGCGUGGAGAUGUGCCAGCUGUUCCACACUAGCGUCGUGCAGCUCAGCGACAGAUUUUAUUCGGAGCAAAAACGGAAGGUGUACGUCACACCGACGAGCUACUUGGAGCUCAUAAAGGCAUUCCAGAACUUGUACACUUUGAAAGUGGACCAGAUUACUAAAUCUAGAAAUCGAUACGAGACAGGUCUAGAGCAGCUGGACUUCGCGGCCGGCCAGGUGGCCGUCAUGCAGCAGAACCUCAUCGACCUGCAGCCGCUGCUGGUGGACACCUCCGACAAGACUGAGAAGCUGAUGAUCAAGAUCGAGCAGGACACUGUGGUGGUGGAGAAACAAAAAGAGAUAGUGGGCGCGGACGAGGCGCUGGCGAACGAGGCGGCGGCGGCGGCGCAGGCCAUCAAGGACGACUGCGAGUCGGACCUGGCGGAGGCGGUGCCCGCGCUGCAGGCGGCGCUGGACGCGCUGGACACGCUCAAGCCGGCCGACAUCACGCUCGUCAAGUCCAUGAAGAACCCGCCCGCCGGCGUCAAGCUCGUCAUGGAGGCCGUCUGCGUCAUGAAGGGCAUCAAGGGCGACCGCAAGAUGGACGCUACCGGGAAACCAUUCGAAGACUACUGGGGACCCUCGCAGAAGAUGCUCGGCGACAUGAAGUUCUUGGAGAGCCUUAGGAAUUACGACAAGGACAAUAUACCUCCCGCUAUCAUGAAGAAGAUUAGAGACAAGUACAUCCCGGACCGCGAGUUCGACCCGGCAGUGAUCGCCAAGGUGUCGUCGGCGUGCGAGGGGCUGUGCAAGUGGGUGCGCGCCAUGGACGUGUACGACCGAGUCAUCAAGGUCGUAGCGCCUAAGAAGGCAGCCUUGGCGGAAGCCGAAGGAGAGUUGCAAAUGCAGAUGAAUACGUUGAAUGAAAAGAGAGCUCAAUUGCAAGGAGUACUCGACAAAUUGCAGGCCCUUAACGACGAGUUCGCAGGAAUGACCCGCAAGAAGAAAGGCUUGGAAGACGAGAUCGAGCUGUGCUCUACCAAGCUGUCCCGAGCCGAGCAGCUGAUCGGAGGGCUCGGCGGCGAGAGGGCGCGCUGGACCGACUUGGCGCGCCAGCUGCAGGAGCUACUGUCGAAUAUUAUCGGCGACGUGCUGUUGUCGGCGGGGUUCAUCGCGUACCUCGGCCCCUACACCGUGGGCUACAGGCGCGAGCUGGUGGCCGCGUGGAACCGCCGCGCGAAGGAGCUGAAUAUCCCCAGCUCGGACGUGUACUCGCUGGUGACGACGCUCGGCGAGCCCGUCGUGGUGCGCGCGUGGAACAUCGCGGGGCUGCCGGUUGACACCUUCUCCGUCGAGAACGGCAUCAUCGUGGAGAAGUCGCGGCGCUGGCCGCUCAUGAUCGACCCUCAAGAUCAGGCCAACAAAUGGGUGAAGAACAUGGAGCGCGAGAACCAGCUGAAGGUGAUGAAGCUGACGGACGCCAACUACGUGCGCGUGCUGGAGAACGCGAUUCAGCUGGGCUUCCCCGUCAUCCUCGAGAACAUCCGCGAGCAGCUGGAUGCCGUCCUCGAACCGGUUCUGCUGAGGAAUAUCUUCAGGUCUGGUGGCGUGGACUGCUUGAAGUUGGGCGACAACGUCCUGGAGUACAAUCACAAUUUCCGCUUCUACAUCAGCACUCGGCUCAGCAACCCGCAUUACUUGCCGGAAAUCGCUGUCAAGGUGACCUUGCUGAACUUCAUGAUAACGCCGCAAGGCCUGCAGGACCAGCUGCUGGGCAUCGUGGUGGCGCAGGAGCGGCCCGAGCUGGAGCUCAAGAAGAACCAGCUCAUCGUGGAGGGCGCCAACAACAAGAGGACGCUCAAGGAAAUCGAGGAUAAGAUUUUGGAGGUCCUAUCUUCAGCCGGAAACAUCCUGGAGGACGAGUCCGCAAACCAGAUUCUGUCGUCCUCGAAGACCCUCUCGCUAGAGAUCGAGGCCAAGCAAGCCGCCGCCGCCGUCACCGAGCAGGAGAUCGACGAAGCUCGCUCGCUGUACGUGCCCGUGUCCAAGCACUCCUCGGUGCUGUUCUUCUGUAUAUCGGAUUUGGCCAACAUCGAUCCGAUGUAUCAGUACUCUUUGAAUUGGUUCAUUAACUUAUACAACCAAGCGAUCCUGAACUCGCCGAAGAGCGAUGUCCUCGACACGAGGCUGGAGGGACUCAACGCGUACUUCACUCGCAGCGUAUACGAGAACGUCUGCCGCAGCUUGUUCGAGAAGGACAAACUCAUCUUCUCACUCGUUCUCACUCUCGGCAUACUUCGAGCUAGGGGCAACUUGGACGACGAGCAAGUGGCGUUCCUGCUGACGGGCGGCGUGGCGCUGGAGAACCCCCACGAGAACCCCGCGCCCGCCUGGCUCUCCGACAAGUGCUGGUCGGAGAUCGUGCGCAGCAGCAAUUUGAACGGGCUCCACGGUUUCAAGGAGAACGUGGAAGGGAACAUCGCGGCGUGGAAGCAGUUGUACGACCUGGCCGCGCCGCACGAGAGCGCGCUGCCCGAACCGUACGCUGACAUUAGAGGCAUCGCAAAACUGAUUAUCUUCAGGUGCGUCCGGCCCGACAAGCUGAUUCCCCUGGUGCAGCAGUACGUGGUGGAGGAGAUGGGCCGCGCGUACGUGGAGCCGCCGCCCUUCGACCUGGAGAAGUCGUACAACGACAGCAACUGCUGCUCGCCGCUCAUCUUCAUCCUGUCGCCCGGCGCGGACCCCAUGUCGGGGCUCGUCAAGUUCUCCUCGGAGCGCAAGGUGCUCAGCUUCGAGACCAUCUCCCUCGGCCAGGGGCAGUUGUAUAUGUCCACCCAGGGUCCAAUAGCGGCCAACAUGAUCCAGCAAGCGAUCGCGACGGGCGGCUGGGUGGUGCUGCAGAACUGCCACGUGAUGGAGUCGUGGAUGGGCGAGCUGGAGCGCAUCUGCGCGGAGGUGAUGCUGCCGCAGCUGACGCACGCCAGCUUCCGCUGCUGGCUCACCUCCUACCCCAGCAAGGCCUUCCCCGUCACCGUGCUGCAGAACGGCGUAAAAAUGACAAACGAAGCGCCCAAAGGUCUAAAGAACAACAUCUACCGCUCGUACACGUCGGACCCCAUCAGCGACCCCGAGUUCUACAUCUCGUGCCCGCGCACGGAGGAGUGGCGGCGGCUGCUGUUCGCGCUGUGCUUCUUCCACGCGAUAGUGCAGGAGCGCAGGGCGUUCGGGCCUCUGGGCUGGAACAUACAGUACGAGUUCAACGAGAGCGAUCUGAGGAUUUGCAUCAUGCAGUUGCAGAUGUUCCUCACGGAGUACUCGGAGACGCCGUUCGACGCGCUCAACUACCUGGCGGGCGAGUGCAACUACGGCGGCCGCGUCACCGACGACAAGGACCGCAGGCUCAUACUGUCUCUGCUCUCCAUCUUCUAUAACGAUCACGUUACUACUGAUCCUAACUACUCGUUCUCGGCGAGCGGCGACUACCGCAUCCCGGCGUCGAUGGAGUACGGCGCGGUGCUGGAGCACGUGCGCGCGCUGCCGACCGCCGCCAAGCCGGAGGUGUUCGGGCUGCACGACAACGCGGACAUCACCAAGGAUAACAAGGAGACCGCGGCGCUGCUGUUCGGCUGCCUGCUGACGCAGACGAGCAUCGUGUCGCGCGGCGGCGGCGAGGGCGCGGAGGGCGGCGGCGUGGUGGAGCUGACGCGCGACAUGAUGGCGCGCCUGCCGCGCGCCUACGACGUGGCGGCCGUGAGUCUGCAGUACCCCGUGCAGUACUACAACAGCAUGAACACCGUGCUCAAGCAGGAGCUGAUCCGCUACAACCGCCUGCUGGGCGUGGUGGCGCGCACGCUGCGCGGCGUGCACCUGGCGGCGCAGGGGCUGGCCAUCAUGAGCUCGGAGCUGGAAGGCUGCAACGACGCCUUCGUCAAGGGCAUCGUGCCGCCCGCGUGGAUGGCCAAGUCCUAUCCCUCCAUGAAGCCUUUGGGAUCCUACGUUGCGGACUUGUUGGCGAGGUUGAAAUUCCUGCAAGACUGGAUAGACGAAGGGCCCCCGCUAGUGUUCUGGAUCUCCGGGUUCUACUUCACGCAGUCGUUCCUGACGGGCGUGCUGCAGAACCACUCGCGCCACAACACCAUCCCCAUUGACCAGCUCCACUUCGAGUUCACCGUCACCGCCGCGGAGGCGGAGUGCGACGAGGAACCGGCGUUUGGGGUUUAUUGUAAGGGCCUGUUCCUAGAGGGCGCACGCUGGAACCGUGACACCAUGCAGCUGGACGAGUCCUACCCCAAGAUCCUCUUCGACACUAUACCCAUCAUCUGGUUCCGACCCGCACUCAUAGCCGCCUUCGAUCCGCCACCCAGCUACUUCUGUCCAAUAUACAAAACUAGUGAAAGGAAGGGUGUGCUGGCUACUACGGGGCACUCCAGCAACUUCGUCAUGUACAUCACGUUGCGGUCUGAUACGGCACAGAAGCAUUGGAUCAACCGAGGAGUGGCCAGUUUGACUCAGCUCGAUGACUAGACAUUAUUUUAGAUACUAUAGUUAUUUAUUGUCAAUGUGAUUAGAGUUAAUUUAUCGAUAGACUUUAAUUGAUAGUAUUUUAUGUAGUUCUAAACAUGUAUUGGUCCAGAGCCACUUGAUAUAAUAAUAUUUCAUAAAUAUGCAAAAGGCUGCCUAUCUGCUAGCUUUUUAUGGCUCAUCCACUCAACCAAUUUUGAUGAAAUUUAGUACAAAGUUAGUGUUUACACCAUAUGGGGACAAAAUACAGGCUAAUUUUGUCUGGAAAAUCAGAGUUCCCUGGUAUUAAAAAAAAAAAUUCAAUGUGUAUGAAGUUGCAGACAGCAUCUAUUUAGUACAGAGACAGCUUGCAUCCUGGACAAAGACCUGUGCUACUUUUUGUCUUGAAAAAACAGUUUCCUCAGGAUUUAAAAAACUUAAAUAAUGUUGGCACAAAAUACUGGGCCAAUGUGCACUAGGACUUGAAAGCUAGAUCCCACAAUGCUAGGAUGAUUUGAUGCUAGAUGAUAAAUUAGUUGAAAAAAAAAAACAAGUUUUUGCAUGUUUUAGAUUUUAAAGGUGUCUGGCAUAAUAAUAUUCUGUGAUCUAUUUCUAGUCAAUUUUGAAUAAAGAGAUACCUAUUCUUGGA